AUGGGUGAAAAAGGAGAUACUGAUCUGUACUACGUCAUCACUCUAUCACCAUAUCGACUUUUUCUUAUUGGUGAUGGUUAUGAGCGCCUGCAAAAUGCUUUUGAAGCGGAAAACACAAAUCAGGUAGUGCAACUUAUACUGUUUGUCCUGGAUUUGUUCAUAGAGAAGUUUCGUCUUCGAGAAAUUCUUUCUGGGGAGCGAGCUUAUCUACAACUUUUUGCAUGUGCAGAUUAG